CUUACAUCUGUAUGUCCACUACUUUUUUACUCAUCUAUUAGAUAAAACAAACUGUGCAUAGGAAUAACAGGAUAAAAAAUAAGAAAGUCUACUUGUAAACAAUGUAUAUUUGUCUAAAAUAAAUAAAUAAUAAUAGAUUAAAGUGAUACGUGUCUGGUGUACAUGCAUCUGGACAAUCACGUGUUAGGGCCUAUCUAUACUGUAUAUCUCUUAUAAUUGGAUUGUAUACAUAAUUUAAUUACCAUCCUGUCUUUUUGUAAUUGUACUGGUCAAUCAUGCAUUAAAAUGAACCUGAAAAUGUCCCGAUUCGAAAAAUUAUGUGCAUCUGGGUUUUGUGUGUGUGUGUGUGUGUGUGUUUUGUGUGUGUGUAGAUCUAGAUCUAUAUGAAAAACACUUAGAUUAAAGGAGAAAGCAAUUCAAUUAGUGAGCUAAAAAAUGUAAAAACAUUUAACUUUUAUCAUUCGUUGCUGCAACGUGAGUGGAAAAGCCCUGUUACACAGGUGCCCAAUGGGGAUUCCUCGAUUGACGUCACCAUACACAUAUUUAGGAUAUUGUCACGUGACACUCUCAAUCAAUGGCAUAUUUUCUUACUAUUGUACAAGGGUAUGAUAUGACACAAUUAGAGACGAAUUGACCGAUUUAGCUUGCAGAAAAGGUCACUGUUUAUGUCGAUACACAUUGCACGUUCAGCGUGCGACAGACAGCAGAGGAGCAGUCCAGCGAUCGUAGGAGAAACUUGUCAAAUUAUCGAUCUUCCGCCAUGAAGACUCAACUCGUACGUUAUUAAAAACGAAACGAGGAAAAGAAGUUAUGAGCCUUGUUUACAUUACAGCGAAACAAGACGCCUGACUCUUCAAUUUUGGUUGUUGCUGAAAUCUUACGCCGAAGGGCGUUUGGAUGUGAAAUGUGGAGUGUUUUUGUGUGCUGAUAAACUGCGAGCUGUAUUGGGAGACAUUUAAAUCGGGUUGCUGAUGCGAUUGAGAGUUAUUAUAUAUCGGUUGAUUCUUCACAAUGGCAAACCAGAACGGGCCCACAGGGACCAAGGUUUUUAAAAAGACAAGCCCAAAUGGAAAGAUAACUACUUACCUGGGAAAACGAGAUUUCAUCGAUCACCUAACCCAUAUAGAUCCUAUCGAUGGUAUAAUUCUAAUUGAUCCUGACUACUUACAAGGAAGGAAAGUUUAUGCCCAUGUGUUGGCAGCAUUUCGAUAUGGCCGUGAAGAUCUGGAUGUUCUCGGUUUGACUUUUAGAAAGGACCUAUACUUGGCCAAUUUUCAGGUGUAUCCUCCCUUGGAAGACCAAACUAAACCCCUCACAAACCUGCAGGAGCGACUCAUCAGAAAACUGGGGGCCAAUGCCUACCCUUUUUUCUUUGAGCUUCCUCCAAAUGCCCCUGCCUCAGUCACGCUACAGCCUGCCCCAGGGGACACUGGCAAGCCUUGUGGUGUAGACUACGAAUUGAAGACCUAUGUAGCUGACAAUCCAGAUGAAAAACCACAUAAAAGAAACUCGGUUCGCUUGGCAAUCAGAAAGCUGACGUAUGCCCGAGUUGAACCAGCACCCCAGCCAAGUGCUGAAGCCACAAAAGAAUUCAUGAUGAGUCCAGGAAACAUCAAAUUAGAGGCAUCUCUGGACAAGGAAAAAUACUACCAUGGAGAAAGUAUAGCAGUCAAUGUGUUGGUGGAUAAUAAUACGAGUAAAUCGGUUAAAAAAGUGAAGAUUUCUGUUCGCCAGUUUGCUGAUAUUUGUUUGUUUUCAACUGCACAGUAUAAAUGUAGUGUUGCGGAAAUAGACAGCGAGGAAAGCUUUCCUAUUCAACCUAGUCAGAUUGGGUUUUGCAAAGUAUAUUAUUUGACUCCAUUGUUGUCCAAUAAUCGAGACAAAAGGGGUCUAGCUUUAGACGGCAAACUCAAGCACGAGGACACGAAUCUUGCGAGCUCCACAAUUAUGACAGAAUCUAGUCAAAAAGAGAACUUAGGCAUUGUUGUGUCAUAUAAAGUUAAAGUACGGCUUAUCCUCGGGUUUGGAUCAGGGGACCUGUGUGUGGAGUUACCCUUUACUUUGACUCACCCUAAACCUGUGGAAUCCCCUCCCCCGUCCCGUCCUAUCAGUGUGGUCCCCAAAGACGGAGAUAACGUACCAGUGGACACCGACCUCAUACAAUUAGAGACCAAUGGAGUGGAGCCUGACAAAGAUGAUGACUUCAUUUUUGAAGACUUUGCAAGACUAAGAUUAAAAGGUCAUGAUGGAGAUGACACAGAAGCUUGAGUUGACCUUUGAACCUUUGUGUAACAAAUCAGUAACUUUAAGAAUCUUAUCGCAAGUAUCGCAUUACCAAUGUGUUAAACCUUUCAGGAUUAAAAUGAAGAUAUUAAAAAGGGAAAGUUUCUCAGAAUUCUCACAGUGUUAAAAAAAACACAGUAUACUGCAAAGUACAUUGGGUGUUUUAGGUGUUGUCAUAGUAACAAAACGUGAAGUUUAUAUACAAUGUAUAUUUUUAUUGUAAUUAAAACCUGAUCUUUUUUUUUGCUGAAGAAUCUUUGAUAUACUUGUGUAACACUAUACAAAGUGUAUGUCACUUCGGGAAACAAUAUUCCUAGUGAGCAAAUGAUGAAAGUCUGGAGAACAUAUUACAGCUAUAACAGGUAUACAAGGCCGUCUUGCUCUGGUGCUUUUCACUUCCGUUUUCUGUGUGUAUAGGCAGGUAUUUGUACCAUUAGAACACUCAAUGUCAGUCGGAGAAUGUCUUAGUAUUAUAUAUUUAUUACAGAAUCAUAGUGCUUUUAUAUUUAAAGAAUUAGAAAAUUGGCAUAAUCUAUCCAUUUUCUGUAAUUACAUUUUAUGUAUUGUUUUCAUUUUUUAAAAUCAUUGUGCUUAAAGAGGAAAAGAAUUAUAUAUACAGUGCAUAGUUAUAUAUAUAUUUUCUGAAUGUGCACUUAUUGAAGAUGUGCAUUAUGCAAAACUGAUAAAAUCAUUUGUGUUUUAAAACAUUUCUUUUUUUAUAUAAUGUAAAUCCCCCUCGGAAGUUUUGUAUUAGUUAAAAGCAAUGCCAUAUGAUACAUAGUCAUAUUCUAUGUAAGGGAAUUAAAUGAUACAGUUUCCAAAAAAAAAAAAAUUCUUUCAUAUAUUAAAUUUUUUUUUAAAACAAGUCCAUGAUAGGAAAUUUUGUUUUAUCAAAACAAGCACUAAUAUGAUGUUUAUGAGGAUACUUUUAAAUGCUUACAAUUUUCUUACUACUUAUGAAUCUCUACAUUUUUCUUGGAACAUACUUGUAUCUAAAAUAAAAUUCUGUAGAAACAUUGCUGGAUAUGAUCAGGGAUAGGGUGGUGAUUUAUUUUAAAUACUCGAGCAUCAAUACGGGACUAGUGUAGAGCUGUGUAUAGACAAUGUAGAGAGAGUUAGCAAACAUUUUAAACCACAUAUAUACAACAUUGUGUGAAACCUUUGUGUGGGUACGUUUUGUCAGAUUUUUAAGAUACUAUGCUUUAUAUAUAUAUAAAAUUACAUGUGACUUUUUGUAUUAAAAAAAGCUAUGUUUCAGUUUCGUGUCUCUGUAAAUAUAGAAGUUUUUUUUCCCCAAACCUAAGUAAACUAAAACAAUGCAGUAUUCAGCAUUGGCAGAGCGAGCAGAACUUCCUAGGUUGUUCACCAACAUGUAAAGGCCUAUCCAUGCAUAUUAUGUACAAAACUAUAUCUAUAUGCUUUGUUGUUGUUCAGUAGUCCUGAAAUUUUAAUCAUUUGUAUUGUUAAGUAAAUAUUUGAAAUGCAUAAA